AUGGACGCUGAUCAUAACAAUGCCAUCUCAAAUCCAUCCAACAACAAUAUGGAACCAAAGUCAAGAACUCGCUCUUUUCUUCCUACAAUUCCGAAGCUGAUGAAGUCUCGGUGCAAGGCUGAUCAAAGUGCACCACAAGUUUCUGGAUUUGGAGGCAUUCCUUGUCCUGAGCAAGAAUCGAACUUGCUUGUGAAAUUGUUUACAUACUGGCUCGAUCCUCUGAUAAAAGUUGGCUUCAAACGCGACCUGAAACUCGAAGACUUUUGGCAACUGAAUGAAAGAAAUCAAGCCAAAGUGCUUGCUGCCCAAGUCAACGAUGCCUGGGAACAUGAAGUUGCGUCCAAAACCAAACGUGGAAAGCAACCUAGCCUCAUAACAGCUGUGACACGAGCAUUCGGACCUGCCAUAGUGCAAAGUGCUAUUUUCCGAUUGAUUGCAGACACGUGCACGGUUGUAUCGCCACUGGUGGUUCAAAACAUCAUUAUAUACCUACAAAAUGGACCGGCUACGGACUCUGGAGCACAUGGCUACAUACUGGCGCUCAUAUUGCUACUUCUACAAUUGCUCAACUCUAUUUCAAAUGUGCACAAAGACGGGCUUUCACAACAGUUUUCCAGUGGAAAACUGGUAAAUAUAAUGUCGUCGGAUGCCAAUCGAAUCGACCUCAUGUGCUUUAACAUUCAUUUGUAUUGGGCUGGACCGUACAUUGUCAUAUUAGCCAUGAGUUUGUUGUUGUAUUCUAUUGGUCCUUCAGCCCUAGUAGGAUUUGGACUGCUACUUUUAUACAUACCAUUCCAGUCUUUCUGCUCUACCCUACUUUCCAAAAACCGCCGCAGUGCAAAUUUGGUUGCAGAUUCCAGAAUCCGAGCUACUCAAGAGACACUGUCCGGAAUUCGUGUCAUCAAGAUGUACUCUUGGGAAAAUCCGUACCUCAAGUCAAUUGCCGACUUGAGGUUUUCCGAGACUGGAUUUAUAAGGAAUAUUCUACUUGUCAGAGCAUCUGUGUCUGGAAUGUCUCAAGCAAUGCCAGUCUUCGCCACAAUGCUGUCGUUUAUCGUAUACGUUCAGACCGGCAACACCUUGAAUCCAGCCAAUAUCUUCACCGCGUUGGGACUAUUCAAUGUGUUGAGAAUACCGUUGAUUCAGUUACCUCUUAUGUUGACUCAGACGGUGGACGGGUUCGCAGCACUUCGUCGUAUAGAAUCCGUAUUAUUAUCACCUGAAAUGGAUUGUGCGCCGGGAUUGUUGACUGAUCCGAAUUAUGGUCUAGUGGUGAAAUCAUCCUCCUUCUCAUGGGAGGCUACCGAUGAUGACGAGAGCGAACCCGAUGCUGCAGUCACAGAUGGUGCUGAAUCAUCGUCAGCUGCCAUAGAAGCAUCUGGAGCAGAUCCUUCAACUGCUAGCAGCAACAUAGACAGUGCCUUGGAUCAUAAAACUGUCGUAGUUGAUUAUCCAGUGCCACUACAGGAACCGUCGUCUCCACCAGGUUCCGAUGUUUCAGAAAAGCUGUUGGCAGACGGUAUUGUCUCCAAAGAACAAUAUAACGGAAUUCGUGAACUUGGCGCUAGCCAAACCAAGCUUCAGACUGAUUCUGUACCCCGACGAGUCUGUUUAUCAAUUAGUGCGGAUGCAGGAGAGAAUCGUGCUAACGACAAUUUGGAUGGUGCUGAUGCGAACGCAUUCAAGCUUCAUGAUAUUGAUGUUGCUAUAGAGAAGGGAUCGUUGGUUGCAAUCAUCGGAACUGUGGGUGCUGGCAAAUCGAGUUUCUUGAAUGCUAUUAUUGGAGAGAUGAGGAAAUCAUCUGGCACUGGUGUAUUUGUUGGAGGGACAAUUUCAUAUUGUGCUCAACAGCCAUGGAUUCGAAAUGAUACCCUCCGAAACAAUGGUAAUGGUGAAAUACUUGAUAUACUUCUUUUUGACGAUUGUAAUGGCAAAAUCAUUUAUACGACUCUAUUAGUCUUGUUUGGAAAGCCGAUGGAUGAGAAACGCUAUGCCAAUGUGCUGAGAGAUUGCGCUCUGGAACGAGACUUGGAAAUCUUGCAAGGCGGUGACAUGGCCGAAAUUGGAGAGAGAGGCAUAAAUCUUUCAGGAGGUCAGAAAGCUCGCGUCGGAUUAGCGCGGGCUGUUUAUCAAGACACUGAUAUCGUAUUGAUGGAUGAUGUGCUAUCAGCAGUGGAUAGCGGAGUUGGCAAAUCCCUCUUUGACAAUUGCAUCCUUGGGGCAUUGAAGGGCAAGACUAGAAUAUUGGUCACUCAUGCAUUACAGUAUUUGCCUCGAGUUGAUAAAAUCCUCGUCAUGAGCGGUGGCACCAUAGUCGAACAAGGUACAUACAAGGAGCUAAUGGCCGACAAAUAUUCGUAUCUUUCGGCAAAUCAAGAUGCAUGGAAUAGUCCAUCGCCAUUGUCAUCUGCUGAAUCUGUUCAACGUCGAAGGUCUUCGGUAAAAGUUAUUGAGACAGAGAUAGCGACCAAAAAAGCCGCCGAGUCGCCAGCUGGAGAAAAGCUGAUGAGCACGGAGGAAGAACAUAAAGGGAAAAUUACAUGGUCUGCGUAUGGAACGUAUCUGAAAAUGCUGGGUGGAUUUUGGGUUACGUUUGCUGUUGUGCUUGGGUUGGUUAUGGCUCAAGUGACCAGGAUUGGCACUGAUCAAUGGCUGGUACAAUGGACAAACAAGCGGUUCCCCCUUGACACUGGUUCAUACGAAGGAAUCUACGUUGCAUUGGGCUUAUCCCAGUGCCUGUUCAUAUUAGGACAAUCUCUCGUUUUUGCAUAUGCGGGAGCUAAUGCCUCACGACGAAUCCACAAUGCUGCUUUGGAAAAGAUAUUUAGGUCGCCAGCUACGUUUUUUGAUACCACCCCAUUGGGAAGGCAAGUGUAUUGCUCACUACAGAUUUUAAAUCGCUUUUCCAAGGACGUUGAUACGAUUGACCUUCAGCUACCAGAAAAUUUUCGUACGAUGCUCUACACUGCUGCCCUAACAAUCGGCAACUUUGUCCUAAUCUGCAUCAUAUUCCCAAUCAUGCUGGCCCCACUCAUUCCAGCACUUAUAUUCUAUGGCUUUGUACAACAAUACUACACGGCAUCUUCUCGAGCCCUCAGACGAUGGGACAGCAUAACACGGUCCCCACUCCUAGCUCACUACUCUGAAGCGUUGACAGGGCUACCAACGAUACGUGCAUAUGGCAUUGAAGAUCGUUUCAGGAAAGAGAAUCUGAAGCUUCUUGAUGACAAUAAUGCCGCGUAUUAUCUUUAUGUCUGUAUCCAACGGUGGUUGAAUAUCCGACUCGAGUUUGCGUCGAGUAUGAUCAUAUUCCUGACAGGUAUAUUCUGUAUUACCGAGAGGUCUGUACUAUCACCGGCAUCUGCUGGUCUAGUGCUGUCUUAUGCUUUGACUAUUACCACGUCCUUAAACUGGGCGGUGAGGAAUAUUAGCCAAACUGAAAACAAUAUGAAUUCAAUUGAACGAUUAGUCCAUUACUGCGAAUCUCUGGAAAGUGAAAAGCCAGACAUAAUUCCAGAACACCGACCACCUGCAUCCUGGCCAUCAGAAGGAAAGAUUGAGAUUCGUAACUUGACGUUACGGUAUCGUGAUAAUCUUCCAGAUGUGAUACAUGAAAUAUCCUUCACAGUGGAGGCUGGACAGAAACUAGGCGUUGUGGGCCGUACAGGUGCUGGUAAAUCAUCCAUUGUGGUUGCAUUACUACGACUGGUUGAGAAAAAGAGUGGCGAAAUCCUAAUCGACAAUUUAGAUGUAUCCAUGAUGGGCCUACAUGAUCUUCGAAAGUCAAUCUCUACAAUCCCACAGGAGCCUGUCUUAUUUUCAGGAACUAUUCGCAGCAACCUUGAUCCAUUUGACCAAUAUUCUGACGAGGCCAUAUGGGCUGCACUAGGACAAAGUGAUAUGAAGGGCGUCGUGGCUAACACGCCUGGAGCACUUGAGGCCGCUGUUACAGAAAAUGGCGAAAACUGGAGCCAGGGCCAAAGGCAGCUUCUGUGUCUUGCUCGUGCGCUUCUUCGAAAGUCCAAAAUUGUCAUCCUUGAUGAAGCUUCCGCCUCAGUCGAUGGAGAAACAGAUGAAUUCAUACGAGCAACCAUUCGACGAGAUUUCGCGGAUUCAACAAUUAUUACUAUUGCACAUCGUCUCGACACAGUUGUAGACUAUGACAAGAUCCUAGUCCUCUCACACGGAACCGUGUUGGAAUUAGAUACCCCACACAACUUGUUAUCAAAUCCAAACAGUGCGUUUAGUAAGAUGGUGGAUGAGACAGGCAAGACGAAUGCACAGCAUUUAAGGGAUGUUGCUGCUGCCAAACAUCUGAAUAAAAGCUGA